CAGCCCCACCAUGCUGGACACCAUCAGCAGUCAGUACGACUCCUUCAUCUACUGGAGGAUGCCCAUCCCGCGGCUGGAGCUGGCGGAGCUGGAGGGGCUGGGCCUGGGGUCCCUCUAUGCCCCCCAUGGCAAAGUGCCCGAGGUGGCCCAGGAGCCCGGCCGUGCGGAGGAGGACAGCCUGCUGCCCUUCAGCAGCUUCAACUUCUGGAGGGCGCCCAUCGCCAGCCUCAGCUCCUUCGAAUUCGACCUCAUCUGAUGCCCUCCUCCCUGCUCCCCGUUGCCAGGCGUGCCAGGGUUCGGUUUUGUUGGUUCUGUGCGGUGUCGGGUGUUUGGUUUUGCUUUAUUUUAAACCCCUGGGCGCUGCUAAGGAAGCCUGUGCUCAGCCCAGCCCUGCGGCACCGCCUCACCUCCUCCAUCCCUCCUGGGAACGCGGCGGGGCGAGCGGAGCCAGGCUGUCCUUGGGAUGGAACCCGUCUGCUUCGCUCCUCAGUGCUGUGUUGAAAUCAGAGAAAGGAACCAAAGCUCCACUCGCUUCGGAUUUUUAUGUGCUUUGGUUGUGGUGUUUUAUUUUUUUUCCCCCCAAGAUUGUUUUCUGGGAGAGCAAACAGCAGCUGUCAUUGUGGGUGCGUUUGGGGUUGGAUGCAGUGCCAUGGGAAGCCGUAGGAAAGCCAUGAUGCAAAACAUCCCAAAAGUGACCUAAAAAAAGAGGGGCAGGCAGCUGGUAGCAGUCAGAGCGCUGGCAAGGCACCAGAGCUGGGCAUAACUCCCCAGUGAGAGCCACACCUCUGACAAUGAUGCACUGCUGGCAGAGGUGGAAAAUCCCAACUCCAAAACACGGGCUGGAAAAGUGGGUGCCAAUCUGAGCCUGUAACCCACGUGGGGCUGCCCAGCCAUCCGUGAGGAGCAUCACCUCCACUGCUGGCAGCAGGCACAGCCCGUGCAUCUGCAGACAGCUGCCACUGGAGGACCAGCAUCCUGUCAACACAGCUGUGUCCCAUUCCUGCCUGAAAGAGAGAAAAACGGGUUCAAAGUAGAGCCGCCGCCCCAUUUUCCUCCACAACCCGAUGCCUUUCGCCCCCCACCCGCUGUGUUCACCCGCCCCCUGCCCCCACAGAACUGUGUCAGGUUUGUCCUGGUUUCUGCCACGGCCCCACAGUGCACACAGCCGCUGUGCCGGCAGUCUGGCACUGCUGCUUCCCUGUACCGCCUUCUGCACCUGCCAAUAAAGGCUGAAUGUCCUCCUA